AAGCAGGAAGUGAAAAGCUGCUGAUAAACACACAAGUCUUUUACUGUCUACGGUCUUAAAGGGCUGACAUUUGAAAGAGAACUGUGUAGCUGACGGUGGAGGAUUGACAUAUCAUAUAAUCACAAAUAUCAUACAGGUGUCUGAAAUAGGUUGCCAAACGCCAAUAAACACCAAAGAAGAAGAAGAAAAGGUGUCUGAAAUGAAGGGCGCGCUGGAGCUGCUGCAGAGGGUGAGCGCGCACCCAGACGCGCGUUGCUGGUGCGUUGCGUGGAGCCCGUCGGGUAGUCUGCUCGCGUCCUGCGGCGGGGACCGCGCGAUCAGAAUUUGGGGUAAAGAAGGGGACAGUUGGGAGUGUAAGUGUGUCCUGGCCGAUGGACACCAGCGUACGGUCAGAAAGGUGGCCUGGUCUCCCUGCGGGAAAUAUCUGGCAUCAGCCAGCUUUGAUGCCACAACAUGCAUCUGGAAGAAGACGAAUGAUGAUUUUGAGUCCCUGACAGUGUUAGAAGGUCAUGAGAAUGAGGUCAAGUGUGUGGCCUGGGCUCCGUCUGGAAGCUUACUAGCCACCUGCAGCAGAGACAAAAGUGUUUGGAUCUGGGAAGUGGACGAGGAGGAUGAUUAUGAGUGUGUAAGUGUUGUGAAUUCACACACGCAGGACGUGAAACAUGUCGUUUGGCACCCAACGCAGGAGCUUCUCGCUUCAGCCAGUUAUGACAACAAAGUGUGUAUUUAUAAAGAGGAGGAUGAUGACUGGGAAUGUAGAGCCACCUUAGAGGGUCACGAAUCCACGGUUUGGAGUCUGGCCUUUGACCCUGAGGGACAGAGAUUGGCGUCUUGUAGCGAUGAUCGUACCGUGAAGAUCUGGAAGCAGUCGACGGCUGGAGAUGGUUCAUCGGUUGAGUCCUGGAAGUGUCUCUGUACCUUGUCUGGAUUCCAUGGAAGAACAAUAUAUGAUGUUGCAUGGUGUCGUCUGACCGGUGCUUUGGCCACAGCAUGUGGCGAUGACGGAGUCCGAGUAUUCAAAGAAGACCCCACCGCUGACCCAGAGCAGCCCGUCUUCUUCAUGUCAGCCCAUGUGCCCAAAGCCCACAGUCAGGACGUCAACUGCGUGUCCUGGAACCCGAAGGAGGCGGGGCUUCUGGCCACCUGCAGUGACAACGGAGAGUUUGCCAUCUGGAAGUACAGCUCUGAUUCCUGAGCUGGAGAAUGACACUCGAUCAAACAAGAGCGCUGAAGUUGUCUCCUGGCUCAUAAUGGGGAACAGUAGCUGUUCUUAUUCUGAGUCUGUUGGUAGGAAUGGAUCGAAAGACAAUACACUUUUUAACUCGUCUCAUUCUCUGCUAGUGUUUUUGAUGGGUCAGUUGUAAUUUAUCAGAAUUUCUUUUAACAGUAUGGAUUUAUUUUAGCAUUAUCUGUGGCUUAAAUUACCUUCAGUGCUUUAAUUAAAUAAAGCUUCUUUAUGCUCAAGAUAAAACAUCCAAAUUUUUCUUUUUAUCAUGUCCCAGAACCAUCAGUUUAGAUUGUAUUAAAUUCUUACAUUCAUCUUUAAUAGUUGUGUUAAAGUGAUGUUCCACUUUUAAUAGAUCUUAGUCAGGGUUAAUGUUUAUUUUAUUUAUUUUUAGGGGAAAGAAAGUGAGGCUGUGAGGGGUUAAACUGAAGUACAGUGUUUUCAGUGGAUUGAACUGUUCUUUAACAACAUGCUGAUUUUGGAAAAAAAAUAUUUUCAGUAAGCAAAAGCUCUAGGACCGUCAUGUAUUGCGUGACAUUGUAAAGACUAAGUCUGUCUUUCACAGCCUCAUUUUCAAUGAUUUUCAAUGAAAUAUGGUGUCUAACCCGACUAAGAUGUAAACAAGUUAAAACACACCAUGAUAAAAUCAUAAUAGAUGUUUAUGGGGAAUUUGUGAAGCUUCAAAUGUAAAUAUGCCAGUUUUUAAGUGCUUUUCUUUCCAAAAAUUAGUUUGAGCUGUAAAAUAUCCUUUUCGCAGUGUAAUUUCUACUUCUGAGUUACUGACAAAAUAUUGUAUAUUUUAGCAAUUGUAUCACGAGCUGGCGUUUAAAAAUGUCUUGUGGUUAUGCUUUCACUUAAACGGUGUUGAUUGCAAACGGAUUAGUUCACCCAAUAUGAAUCGACUCAUUCUUAGGCCAUCCAAGAUGUAAAUGAGUUUGUUUCUUCACCAGAUCAGAUUUAGAGAAAUGUAGCAUGACUUGCUCACCAAUGUAUCCUCUGCAGUGAAUGGGUGCCAUCAGAAUAAGAGUCCAAACAGCUGAUAAAAACAUCACAAUAAUCCACUACUAAUCUAUAUGACAAUGUCUUUCCCAUUUAAAAUGCUUCUUUUCACAGGUAUUAACUGAUAGACUCGAGUGGUGAGGAUUAGUGAUGUUUCUCGUUCUAACGGCACCCAUCCACUGGUGAGCAAGUGAUGGAAUACUACAUUUCUCCAAAUCUGUUCCCGUGAAUGAAGAAACAAACUACAUCUGGGAUGGCUUGAGGUUGUAAAUUGAGCAAAUUUUCAUUUUUGGGUGAACUAUUCUAUUAAGUCAUAUGAACUAAUGAUGUCACGUUUCAUAAAACUCUUACAAAAAUACAUUGCUCGAAGUAUGAAGCAGAAGGUGCAUGAUAAAAACUCAUCCUGGAGUAAAUAAAGAACAAGUCUUAUGAA